AUGCUUUUUUUUUUGGCACCCUGUGUGGGCCAUCUUGGCUCGAUCCGGGUCAUUUGCUGCGCAUUUCAGGCUAUCCCUGCUCGAGGCUUCAAUCGCUGGUCCAAUCCAACCCUCCAUGAGUCUGCGCAUAUUCCAAUGCUCACGCUAGACCGGUGUAAUACGCUGAUGUCACUCCGGAUACAUCUAGCUGUGUUCGCAAGUCUGAUCUUCCCUCUGUUCGCCCACCUUCGAAACACCAACUCUGGACGUCCUGGUUCUCAGAGCUCUCAGAAUCUACAAAGAACAACUCAAGGACAGGAGCAGGGUUCUGCCUCGCCUGUUCAGCCUGCAUCUUCAUAUCCUCCCACUACAUACCCGCCAUCCCAGCCAUUAGGAAACGGAGCCCUACACCGGAAUCUCUACGGGCCACCCCAGGAAGCUCCUUUCUACACCACUCACCCGUCAUAUACAAACCCAGCUUCGGCACAUUACCCCUCUAGCGGGCCGCCUGACCUCAUGGCAUCCACCGCCCAAAUGCAGAGACCCUAUCCUCCCAUGUACCACACCCCUCAGUCAAGCUCACCAGCCUCGGUAGCCUCACAACCUCAAGACCAACAUGGGCGCCCUCUCUACGGGCAUUCACCCCAGGUGCCGCCCCAGAUGUUCAACUAUCACCCCUACUCGCCUAUGAACCCGGUGCAGCCGUCACCAUAUGCCGCCCACCACUCUCCUCAGCAGCAUCCUCUCACAACCCAGUCAAUGAUGAUGCCCCCUCACAAAGCCCCUGUUCAGAUGCCACCACAUCAAUCCGCCCAUAUCCCUACCACCGCCAUGUCUGCCAGUCCGAUCAUGAAACUCGACACCUCCCAACAUCCUCUACCCCAGCAACAAAUGCUGAACCCUCCAUCAGCAACUAGUAAUCACGGAAUGAGCGCCAACAAUCCACUGGCAAGCCCAACUCAAGGUUCCAGUUCAAACGCUGCCCCAGGCCCUAUUCCCGCCACGACACCACUAGUAGUCCGACAGGACGCCAGCGGCGUGCAGUGGAUCGCAUUCGAAUAUUCUCGAGACCGCGUGAAGAUGGAAUACACGAUCCGCUGCGAUGUGGAAUCCGUGGUGGUGGACACGCUGUCCCAGGACUUCAAGACUGAGAACUGCGUGUACCCGCGCGCCUGUUGCAGUAAGGACCAAUAUCGCGGGAACCGACUGGUCUAUGAGACAGAAUGCAACGCCGUCGGCUGGGCGCUGGCAGAUCUGAACCCCGCCCUAAGAGGGAAGCGGGGUCUGAUCCAGCGUGCUGUUGAUAGUUGGCGCAACAGUAACCAGGACCCGAGACUUCGCAGCAGACGUGUUCGUCGCCAGGCCAAAAUGACUCGCAGACAGUCAGUUCCCGCUCAGGUGCAUAUGCCACCUGGUGUGUCACUUCCUGAACCUGGUCCUGGUCCUGGCCAUGGCUCAGCUCUAGGUGGUAUGCCCAUGCCGGGACCGGCUCCUCGCCCUAAUUUGGGACCUUUGUCGAUGGGUCCGCCGCAGAUGCAUCACCAUCAUCAACCUGAUGGACUUCCUAAUGAGGAAAUUAGCGGCACCGAAUACUCAGGCCGAUCAGAUCGUCUUCCACAAACCGACCUUCGACCCGCACACAUUUUCCACGAGGCCCCAACAUCCCUCACCUCGAGCAAUGGCCCCUCUAUGCCUCCCCUCCGCGACACCUCCCUCUCCUCUCUAACCAGGCACCCAACCAUCGCCACCGCAAUGGACCACGACAUGGACACCCAAGGCCCAACCAACGACGACCUUUUCAGCCAACUCCCAGAAGGCAAACGACGCAAAUUCAUCCUCGUCGACGACACCCAGCACAAAUGCCGGGUGCGCGUCAAAGUCGUCCUCGACAAAGUCAACAUGGACGAAAUCCCCGACCGAUAUCGCGAGUCCACCGCCGUCUACCCACGCACCUAUUUUCCCAUCCAGAUGCCCGACGAGAACCGCGUAGUCCCCGCCAAGCGCUUCUUCCGCGACGACACCGAGUCCGGCGAAGUCGAUACCGCAACAACGGGGCGGACCACCGUUCCCGCGCCCUCGCUUGACCCAGAUCUCCACACUGGGAUCGCAGUGCCCAAGCUCUCCCGCAAAAGACACCACAAGGAACUUCUUCUGAAUGACCUCGGCUACCGCAUGAGUUGGAGUCAGAGCCGAGUCUUUUCAGGACGUAUGCUGUUUUUGCAGCGGUCGUUGGAUGCCUACCGGAAUAAAAUGCGCAGCAGUAUGCUUGCUGCGGGUAAGGAUGCGGCGAGCAUUCCUGAUCAUUUUGAUACUCGACGUGGAAAAAGACGGUUUUUGGAGCGUGGACGUCGAGGGUCUGAGACGGUCGCGCAGCGAACUGCGGAAGAGGUGGAGUGUUAG